UCCCAACAUCGUCCGUCAAAGAGCACACGACAGCCGAUGACGUCCAAGAUGACGUCACAUCCCUCACGACCAAAAUCGUGACGUCGCCUCAACAUUCUCGUGCAAAUUCCCCGAGACAAGUAGCAGCAACCUCUCCACAAAUCAGGGAAACCACCGCCGAAGACACCACCACAAAAUCUUCUGAAAAAGACAAAGACUACCACCAAACCGAGAACAAAGAGAAUUUAGAAUCCUGGCCUAAAUCCUCAGAAGAAGGCAGCAGUCCUUUACACAUCGUCGAAGAAGACAUCGACGUCCAGAACGAUGGUGAGACAUCUAACGAUGGUGCUGGUGGUGAUUUGAGGACGACUUACGAAGGCGAAAAAGAUUUGUCUAAGGUGGAAAACACGUUCACGCUUUCGGCGAAUGGUGGUGCCGGUGGUGAAAGUGUUGGUGACAAUUUGAGGACUUACGAGGGCGAGAUGACUCUGAUGAAGUUGGAGAAUUGCCAUCAGUGUCUGGUGUGCAAUUUGAAUUUUGCUACGAGGGAACAACUCGAGAGGCACGAGAGCCAACAUCCGACUGCUACUGUGUGUUGCAAAACUUGUAAUAAAACAUUCGCCAACGUAUACAGACUCCAGAGACACAUGAUUUCGCACGAAGAAAGUGCAUCUUUGCGAAAAUUCAAGUGCACAGAGUGCGACAAGGCCUUCAAAUUCAAACAUCAUCUAAAGGAGCAUGUACGGAUUCACAGCGGCGAAAAGCCCUUCGGAUGUCCCUCCUGCGGCAAAAGGUUCUCUCACUCCGGUUCCUAUUCGAGCCACAUGACCAGCAAAAAGUGCCUGUCCAUCGGAGCAGGACACAAACAGCAGCAGGCAGCAGGAAACGGAGGAAUUCAGCAGCUGAGUAAAGGUUUACCGCAGCCUAGUAAUGGUCAGAUUGGAGGUCAGGCCGGUGUUGGUCAAGCGCCGCCUGCGCUUUUACCAGUCAGGUCUCUGCUCAAUGCUCUCAAUGCAAGUCCGUCUUCACAGUUGCAUUUGAAUAACAACAAUAAUUUAAAUGGAACUCCUGAUGCAAAUCAUUUGGGCUCUUUGAAAAAUCUGGAUUACCCCAUGGGAUAUCGAUCCUCUGGUGCAACCACCAACAUUCCAAGUAAUGGUGCAACUGCAUCAGGAAAUACCUCUGAUGCCUUCUUAGCUUUCCUGGCUGCAAGCAGGGUUUUGAAUCCAUUUUAUGGUUUGGUUGUUUGCAGCUGCUGCGAGCAACACACAGCAAAGCUGCUGGAGCAGCAGAGAAAAAGCACUCCUGAUAAAAUGGAAUUGGGAUCUGAUCCUGAGGACAUGAUCGAGGAGGUCAAUGCUGACGAUUAUGAGGAAUAUGAGAACGAAGACCGUGAAUCAAAACCUGUGAUACCCGAAGACCUGGUGCCUCGUGCAACUUCGUCUCCUGUUGUUGAACGUCAUCAAUCGCCUUCAUUACCAGAAAGACGUGAUUUGACGUCAACGUCACCAAAGGACGUUGUUGAGACACACGAAGAGGAGAAUUCUGGAGGACUUGGAGGUUUAAAUUCGAUUUUGGAGAAUGUUAACGCUUGCGUCACCAAACAAUUUUUGGCUGUCAAACAUGCACAG